AAUAUUUCAGCAAAACUCUUCAUUAUCCACAUUAUCUGGGCGAAUUUCUUCAGAUAUGUUCGGCUUUGGUUUUCGGCCGUUUGAAGAAGACCCGUUUUUCAGGGAACACCAUGACAGAAUGAGGCAAACGUUUGGAGCUUUUGACAACAUUGACAGAUUCUUUGGACGUGGUGCCUUUGCUCUUGGUGCCCCGCCUCGUGAUGACAGACACAGAGAACCCCAGGGGGGUAGGGACAGAGAUGUUGCMCCCAGGGAUUUACAGGGCGGAAUGUUUGGAAUGAACAGUAUGUUUCGUGACAUGGAAGAACAAUUUGCAAGAGCAGCAAACAAUCCCAAUACCUAUUCCUAUUCCCAGUCCUCUGUCAUGAGCUAUUCCAAUGAUGGAAGUGGAGAGCCUAAGUACUUCCAAGCUCACCAUUCAACCAAGAAUGCUCCAGGAGGGAUAAAAGAAACAAGAAAUGCAAUAAGAGACUCAGAAAGUGGAGUGCAUCGAAUGGCUGUUGGGCACCACAUUGGUGACAGAGGUCAUGUGAUUGAACGCUCUAUGAACAAGAGGACUGGAGAAGAAGAGAGAAAACAAGAUUUCAUCAACCUGACCCACAUUCCUUGCACGAGAGACGCAGAAAUCGGCAAAGAGCAUUAGAAGAUUUGAGUGACCACAGGCGUGGUCGCCCGCGUGACAGGCCAGCUGAGCAUGCCCAUGAAAGAAGGAUUCGCCACCAACACCGUCCAUCCAAUAAACAUGCUCCCAGAGAAGGGCUUGAAUAACUUAGAUUUUUACCACAUCAAAGUUGCCCUUUGUUACAAAAGUUGUAUUUUGCUCAUGGUUAAUGAAGUGAAAAGUCUUUUAAAGCAACAGAAACAUUUUUUUUGUUAGUUUUUUAAGUCUGGAUGAUCACACCCUUAGUUCAGUGGGUCAGGAAAGCUUGUCUGCCAGUUCUAAUGGAUGGAUGAGUGGUUGAGUUUGGUCACAUGGAAUUGUGAUUUGAAAAACAACAACUAUGAACAUUGAACAUGGAAAGAGCUAUACAUGAUACAAAUUUGUUUUGAUUGCUUGCUAACUAGUCAACAGUAGAGAUGGCUUUCAGUCAAGUACAAAUGUGUUUGUGGAAAAUAAUAAAUUAUCAAAGAAACUUGUACUCCA